AAGGGGGAGCAAGUCGUACCUGAAACCAUUCGUACCUCUUCUAUUAGACAUCCUGUCCUCAGGCAGACAAAACAGUCGUUUCAGUACCUUUAUUUCACACUCGAGCAUCACCGCCUGUCCACGAAAUUCGACAAUACGUUUCGGAACCAUGGCCGUAACAUACGCUGCUGCUGUCAGCACACCCAACGGCGGGGUCAGACAGCCCCAAAUCCAGGCACGAGCAUGUUCCGAUACGGACAUGCGUGCGUCAUUCGAGGCCUGUCAGACGAAACGGGAAGAGCAGAAAAGACCGCAACGGCCGGGGGCGGGGAUACGCGCAAAGACGAGCUUCCGCGGCUGGACAAGCAAAAAAGAAAGCAAGAGUAAUCUGCAGGUACAGAGUUACCAACCAUACAUUGUCGAAGAAAGUCGGCCAUCGGGCAAUUUCGCAAAAACGGAGCAUAAACCCAACACCAAGAGUGAGGAGGAACAUGUCUACGUGCUCACACUCAAGGUCACGGAUAGUCUGGCGAAACCAAUGGAUGCGAUGCGAGAUCAGUAUUUCCCCAGGAAUUUGAAUCGUACAGGCGCGCAUCUGACGCUUUUCCACGCGCUGCCACAUUCGCAGAUGGAGGCUCUAGAAGGAGGACUCAACGAGGUGGCCGCGAGCAUGAAGCCAUUCGAGGUAUCAUCUGGCAAGCCAUUCCGGAUGCGCAAGGGCGUUGGGAUCAACGUUGAUGAAGGCUACAAGACAACGAAAGAUUUGCACACGGACCUACAAUCGCAAUGGGCGGCUUUCCUUAGCGAGCAAGAUGCAGGAGGAUUCCGGCCUCAUUGGACUGUCAUGAACAAAGUCGAUGAUGAAAGAAAAGUUGAUGGGGCCUUUGCUACCAUCAGGCAAGAGCUGAGCGAAAGCAACCAAGAAGGAAAAGCUGUCGGCCUGGAUCUGUGGAGGAGGGCCGGUAAGAAGACCGGGUAUGUUCAAGCGAGGGAGCAGCGUUGGGGACGCUCUUAG